CUCUAAAGUAUAAAAACAUAACCUACCCAUGUUAUGAGUAUUGUCUUGGGGAGGGACGGACACUGCAGAUAUGUAUGAGAUUCUUUGUCUGCUGACUGUGGCUCUGGUGGGGUUGCAGUGCAAUGCUAGUACUGGUGACCACAGGGUCUUCAUUGAGAAUAUCGUCAAGGAGGCCAUGGCGAAGGUGGAUCAGGACUACGAGUACUCAAGGCGAGAGAGCCUUUCUCGUGUUCGGAGGAACAGAGUGAGCCCUUCAGACAUCCUGAGGCUCCUCAAACAGCCGUCUGGUCUGUCCCGCUCCGCCGUCCGCGCCUCAGACUACAUGGACCACGCCAUCCAGCUGCUGCAGAAGAGGUCUCUGCAGGAGCACCGUGUGCACAAGCGCUCCAUCAACGCCACAGAUCUGAUUAUGGAAGAAGACCUGAAAACCAUUGCUGAUAUAACAGGCUGCUCUGCGAGGCUUCGCUCCCCUUCUUGCAAAACCACGCCCAACCUGGAGAGGUUUCGCACCACCAACAGCGAAUGCAACAACAAGAAGAACAGCCGCCUGGGCGCAGCCAACAUCCCCUUUACCCGCUGGCUGCCCGCCAAGUACCAAGACGGCUUCUCCCUGCCCGCCGGCUGGGACCCCAAAGUCAAGAAGAACAACCACCUCCUCCCUUUGGUGCGGAAAGUGUCAAACCAAAUCUUCGACGCACGGACCAAUGCCCUGACCAGUGACCCACUGUACACCCACCUGGUGACCAUUUUCGGUCAGUGGACCGACCACGACCUCACCUUCACCCCGCACAUCCCCGUCAUCCGCUCCUUCAACGACGGGAUCGACUGCGCCAAGACGUGUGACAGGAAGGAGCCCUGCUUCCCUAUGGUGUUCCCAGAAAAUGACCGUCGCCUGAAGAACUCGGAUAGCCCGCAGUGCAUGCCAUUCUUCCGCUCGGCGGCGGCAUGCGGCUCGGGGAACACGGGCUUCCUGUUUGGAGGCCGGGCCGUGCGUCAGCAGCUGAACACCCUCACCGCCUACAUCGACUCAGGGCAGGUCUACGGAUCAGACGUCAGCCUAGCCACCAAACUGCGAGACCUCAGCAGCGACCUUGGGCUCCUGAGGGUCAACGCCAUGUACAACGACAGCGGUCGGGAACUCCUCCCCUUCACCAGCAUGACCAACAACAUGUGCUCCAACCGCGCUGCCAUCACCGGCGAAACGGACGCACAAGAGGUCCCCUGCUUCAUUGCUGGUGACGAACGAACCAACGAGAAUAUUGCGCUGACUUCCUUGCACACGCUGUUGAUGCGGGAACAUAACCGGUUGGCUCGCGCUCUCGCUAAGCUCAACCCCCACUGGAGCGGCGAGAGGUUGUACCAAGAGGCCCGCAAAAUCAUGGGGGGGUACUUCCAGGUGAUUACCUUCCGGGAUUACCUGCGGCACAUUGUCGGACCAAGCGUCAUCGCCAAACGGCUGUCCACCUACCCUGGGUACAGUGAGGCCGUGGACCCAAGCAUCUCCAACGUGUUUGCCACGGCGGCCUACCGCUUCGCUCACCUCGCUAUCCAGCCCGUCAUCUUCCGUCUGGACGAGAACUUCAAGGAACACUCUGAGUUCGGCAACGUGAUGCUGCACAAGGCCUUCUUCGCUCCAUGGAGAAUUGUUUUUGAAGGGGGUGUGGACCCGAUCCUCCGAGGGCUGGUGGGUCAGAGGGCGAAGCUGAACACUCAGGACAACAUGAUGAACACCGACCUGAGAGACCGUCUGUUCAAGUUCGUUGAUGACCUGGCUCUAGACCUGGCAGCCCUGAACCUGCAGAGGGGUCGUGACCAUGGCCUUCCAGGAUACAACGACUGGCGCAAGUUCUGCAAGCUCUCGCAGCCCAGAGACGUGGAUGAGCUGGCAGCAGUUCUGAACAACACUGAGCUGGCCGAGGCCCUGAUUGACCUCUACGGCACUCCUGACAACAUCGACGUGUUCCUGGGUGGCGUGGCCGAGCCCUUCGUCCCGGGAGGGCGGGUGGGCGACCUGUUCGCCUGUCUCAUCAGCGUCCAGUUCCAAAACAUCCGCCAGGGAGACAGACUUUGGUGGGAGAACGACGGGGUCUUCACAGGAACCCAACGGAAAUCCAUGAUGAGCGCAUCGCUUGCCCGCAUAAUGUGUGACAACACGGGCAUUGUUGAAGUCCCAGAGAGACCCUUUGAAUACCAGCCCCGGUCUGGCUACACCAAGUGUGAGAAGAUCCCAAGCUUUGACCUCAGCCCAUGGAAAGAGAACGAGGAUGAGGAGGCUGAUUCAACCACAAGAAAACCACAAGACCCAGAAUAUCGCGGCCCGCCUGGACCCCAGGGCCCCCGCGGUCCGCCCGGCCCUCCCGGGUCCACGCCCGCCGUCGGCUUCUCGGUACGACUGGGCGAGAGUUACCCCAAGGCCAACGUGCCCAUCGUCUUCAGCAGUGUGAUCUACAACGGGCAAAACGCGUACGACGUCAAGAAGGGCAUCUUCACCUGCGAGCAGCCCGGCGUCUACGAGUUCCAGUUCCACUGCACCAUCCACGGCAAGUCCGGGAGCGUGGAUCUGAAGCGCAACAAGGAGCUGAUCCUCCACUCGUACACCACCAAGCAGAGCGGCUACCUCACUGCCUCAGGGAGCACCCUCCUCUCGCUGAAGAAGGGCGACCUCGUCUACCUGAUUGCCAACUCUGGAGGAAACGGCCUUAACAAAGACAGCUACUUCUCCGGCCAUCUGCUCUUCGCGGAGUAGUAGGAGACUCUGCUGAGCUGCGAUCAACAGCACACUGGAAUUUAAGUUUUGAAAAAUGUGAAAAUGUGGGAUAAAUGAAGGAAUUUUAUGUAAAAUCGUGCUCUCUGCCCCUUUUUGUACUUCAUACAAUCAAUGUUUUCUUGGCCAGAGGAAAAACUGAAUGGUUUACGCCAUGGUUGCAUUUAUUGAAUUCAAUAGAUGAUUUCAAAUCAUGUAAGAAGUUGAUUUAAUGAUGUGAUUAAAUUAGACAUUAUAAAAAGACAAAUUGUGAAGCAAACCAUUGUGCAUGUGAUCUAUUUUCCAUUUUAUCCAACUUUUUUUAAAGGGGACAUAUAAUGCCACCAUGUGUUAGUGUGAUUAGCCUUACAAGCUAUUUCGAAAUUCUGCCCCAUAUGACAUCACUAGUGGGCGCGUCCACCUAGAUCUGAUCUAAGGCUAAUCACACUCACACUUGGUGGUAUAAUAUGUCCCUUUUAAACGUGUAUCGUUCAUUUGGGGCCACUACUGGAAAGUUGCAAUGAUGUUAAGGACAUGCUAUUAAAUGGCACAAAUUGAUUAAAUGUGCGAUCUGUU